AUGGACAUUUUAGUGCGGCCCCGACGGACGGAUGCGUUAAAGUGGCUGCUGAAUUUCAGCUACCUCGAGGGCAAGGUCGAAAGCACGCUAAGGGGCCAGGCCGUGCGAUUCGCUAGGCUUGUACUGUCGAAAGUCGAAGAGCAGAUGUCUGCUACGCUGCAAGAGAGUGUGGCUGGAGAGACAAUAAAUCAGGAGGACGUUACAGCGGCCGUGAAGAGCACUAGCCGGGCUCGCAGGCAGGUCGCAAAGAUUCUGUUUUCACAGUUUCCGCGCCAAUCGGCCAGAGCUGCGAUACAACAAGCAUUGGAGCAAGCGCGACGAAUUCCUACUUCGACAACUACUUCGGCACAGGAAUGGAGGCUUGUAGCAGGCCGACAAGUUAGCCCAUCAUGGUCUGAGUCCUGUGGGAUGGUCGAGAUGGUGAAGGAGUCUCUCCCGCGCGAGCUUGCGAAGGACUUUUUCGCUGAGGUCAAAAAGGUGGGCGUGGCUUUCGCUACACACGCCCUGUUGGACGCCGUGGCUGUUGCGGCCGCGAACUCGAGCCUGACAUCAGACGGGUUGUCGCAAGUCCCGGACCUGGGCAACAUUGAAUGUGGUCCGAACUACGUCAAAUACUUUUUGCGACCACCGAGUGGAUGGUCCCAAAUAUGCGAACAGCGCCUUAUCGCUUACGAGAAUGAUUUGGCGGCAGCGAACUGUGGCAUUGCUCUGAACACACCGCUUGCGUGCAACACGUUCAGGCGGAUUUGCGGCCACAUCUGGGCAGGAAUGGGGAACUCCAGAGCCUUCAGCGAUCACAUACGAGGAUUUAGCGGCAUGGUGAUCCCGGCCUGCAUGUUUGUGACGGGGAAGAAGCGGACUUUCAGCCACUUUCUCACAUUGGCGACACCCUCCUCGUGCGAUGAUGAGCAGUCACACGACGAGCUCUGA